GCCAAGGGGCCACGAGAGCAAUACGGCAGACGGGGAGAGUCUGUUCUCGAAGCCAAGCCCAGUAUACCGACGGCAUAGCCUUCGCUCCUGGCUUGGGUUACUCGGGCAACGCCCACGGUGUAGGGCAGGUGAAGAGUACGUUUUCUCAUUUGCCUCAAGAGGGUGCGAACGGAGUCCUUCCUCUUCCCCACACUCUUCCUCUCCUUUCUUUUAGGAAAACGCUCUAGGAGGUCUUUGCCGUGCUGGUUCUCCAUUCAGGGCCCUUUGGGUUGCCCGUUCUCUUUGCUCUUCCCGCUUCUUUGCCCUUGCUUCGGGUGUUCGUAGCUCGACUGCAUUGACUACAAGGAGUGAGGAGAGCCCUAUCCUCAUCAGCUGGCGCUAGGCUGUCUGUGUGUCUGUGUGUGUGUGUGUGUGCCGGGAGAGGGGUGUCGGGUGAGGGCUUAAACAAGGGGGAGGACCGAUGGGCUCGUUUGAAGGCCCGCCGUUGUGGAAUGGAAGCCAAGGAAGCAGAAACCAGCAUACUUCUCUGCUCUCCCACUGCUGAAGGAGACGGUCUUAUCGACAUCUCUCUCUACUCUGUUCCUGCCAGAGUCAGGACCAGCCAUUCAGUGGAAUGUGAGAUGGUGCACUCGCUACUUGCCUGGCCAGAUCGACAGUGAAUCGCUUCAUCAAUCGGGUGUAGCGUCGACACCUACCGUGCCUCCACGUGGCGCUCACUGGCUGCUCCAUUGAUUGACACGUCAUCGCGAUCGCUUCUCCACUUAUCUCCUCUGCUCUUUUCGAGUCGGGCGUUACGGUUCUGAUAUAGGUCGUCCUUUCCCCCCUCCCCCAAUUGUUGGACUCUGUUUUUUUGUGCGUGUUUUUGUGCGUGUCAGAGUUUGUGUGUUUUCCCCCCUCCCCCAAUUGUUGGACUCUGUUGUUUUGUGCGUGUUUUUGUGCGUGUCAGAGUUUGUGUGUGCGUCGAAGAGAGAGAGAGAGAGAGAGAGAGAGAGAGAGAGAGAGAGAGAGAGAGAGAGAGAGAGAGAGAGAGAGAGAGAGAGAGAUGAAUGCACCCGGGAGGUGGCGUUCUCACGGAGUGUGCGUUUGGCGUAUUUUGCUUACGCGGUAAAGAUAGCGGGUCGGCGAUACCAUCGUCAGAGUCUCUGGGGUGGCUAGAGUGGUUUCCUAUCUAGUGCUACCUAGGCUCAGCAGAUGGCAGUAGCAGGAGGGGGAGGGGGAGGAGGAGGAGGAGGAGGAGGAGGUGGUGGAGGAGGGGGAAGUAUGAUGGCCGAGCUGCCAUGGCUCCACGCUCGGCGGGAACCGUUUGAGUUUGGGUUGUUACCAAUUUCCUCACUCUCUAGCUAUGACAAUGUAACUUCGCUACGAGUUCUUCGUUCUCGACUUCUUGCUGCGUCGGAAGGCGGCGGCGGCGGCGGCGGCGGAGGAGGAGGAGGGGAUGGAGGGGAAGUAGCUGGAGGGAGGGCGGAAGGAGGAGAAGGCCGCGUUGGGGAGUCAGGCUGUGAUGACUUUGGGGCUUCUCCCGGCUCUUCCUCUUUCUCUUCGUCGAGCGCGACAGCUCUUCGGCCUACAAGUAGGGUGAGCAGCGCCGCCAUAUCCACUUGCUUGAAGUUAUCGGAUGUCCAUGCCCGUCUUGUCGUCGACACCCUUGCGUCGGUGCUGCCUGAUGAGGGAGGCUUUGGAGAUCCUCUGGCGUGUGCUGUGGUGGCUGAUGUGGAUGCCAUCGGCGCUGACGUGGACCACCUGCUUCUGUUUCUUUAUCUGCAACAAUACUCCAAAUUUCCACAUCGUCCGCGGAGGGGGGGUGACGUGUCCAUAGCUCAAGAUGUUUGGCCAUCAGCAUCCCCGUUCGAUGGGAUUAUCGCAACGUCUCCAUCGUCUCCAGUUCAGUUGAAGAGCUCCGCCGGGUCAAGGUACAAGUCCCCAGGUGUGUCUGAGGAAGAGGCACAUCGGCUUUCUUUUGUCACCAAGCAUUUGGCAAACUUAUUGGCGCUGCUAUCGGACCACACGGAUGAAGACGGUGACAAUGGGAGGGUUAUAUCUGGCCCCCAGUUCGACAGGUUGGGUCUUGUGUUUCGCAUAGGAGGUGUGGGUGGAGGUGAUAUACGACCUCUAAGCCAGGCCCCUCCGUUCUUUGCAAAUGCAGAUCCUGCUAUGCCGGCCGCUCCUGUACCGAUUGCACAGGUCCAUGAGUGGAUCUCGAGGCACCUGUGUUUGGCAUCUGGUCAGCAUGGGCGAGAUGAGGGUGGCCAUUCGCAUGGAAGUGGGGUUGGUUUGACGAGCAGCAGCAAUAACAGUGGUGAUGUGGCGAUGGCGGAAGCUCUUCCAGGCAUGCUUGGCCAUGGGGCAGCUGGUGCUCCAGGUUUGGGAGGAGGAGGUGGUGGAGCAGGGGUCGCUAAUGGGAUGACAGCUAACUGGCAGCAGAGAGAAUGGGCUGUGGAGGGGGUGACAAGUAUUGAUGGCGUAGCGAAGUGGUCAGUGUUCAAGGGAGAACAUGACAUUGUGGGUGGGUCAAUAAGGGUGUCGCAUUGCCACGACUCAGUGGUGUAUGCAUUGGCCCCGCUCAAAUAUGCCACAGUCUGUGGCUGCACGGAUAGCAUUGUUGUACUUGGGGCAGUUGGCAAGGUUGUGAAGGUUGAACACUGUGAAAGAGUGCAGUUGAUUGUGCCAUGUGGACGAAUUAGGAUCGGAAACUGCCGAGAGUGCCUUUUCUAUCUUGGAACAAACCAAAGUCCGCUCGUGCUCGGAAAUAACUACAAGAUUCAGAUAGCUCCAUAUAAUACAUUCUAUGCUAGACUGGACAUGCAUCUGGCAGCUGUGAGCGUCGACCCUUCAGUGAACAAGUGGAAUGAGCCUUUGCUGAUCACGGCGGCAGAGGCGAGCGAUGUGGCUGUAUCGAAUGACGCUCAAGUGGAUCCGUCAACACUACUGCUUGCCCCGGAACGCUUCGUGCCGUUUGUGGUGCCGUUCCGGAGUGCGGGGUCUGCAUACAACAGCUCAACUACUAGCAGUGGCAAUGUCUGGGGUAAUAGUGGCAUGGUGGGUGGAGGGUCCGGUGAUGCGCACCCAAUGAUUACCAAAGCAAACCCAUUUAUGCUGCCAGAGAGCUACCGCACGUCCAUCAAGCAGAAGAAAGAAAUUGUGGAAAACCUAAGACAAACACUGAAGACCGCCGUGCUUGAUGACAACAAGAGGAGGGAACUUAUGAACGUCAUUCAGGGACAUUUCAAAGAGUGGCUGAUAACGUCUGGAAACAUUCGGCAGAUCUAUGAUCUAGGCAACAUAAAUCAUCGUGAUUGCUAGCAGGGAGAAGUCUCUCGGUGACUGUUUGCACGCAAGGAGAUGGCAGUGUGGAAUCUGCCUCUGUUCCGGUACUCAUGCGGAAAGUGACAACCUGAGGGAGGGACACUCCUUCACCUGUCACGUGUGAAUUGCAUCCUUGCUUUGUGUAUGCAAAAUGAGAUGACGUCACUGUCGAGUGGGCCCCAGGAGGGGAAGAGAGAGGGAGGUAGGGAAAGGAAGGGAAAAAUGGAAGGUGGAAAUGAAAGGGAGAAAGAGCCAGCGAGUAAGGGAUGUGUACUCUUGACAGGCGGAAGGAGAAGCCAGGAUGGAAUUUGGUGAUCGCACGAGUUUGCCACGGUGCAUGACUGAGAGCAAGGCAGGAAGAUGUUGAGAAAUUGGUCAAGUGACCCAAUUGUGAGGAGAGCAUAUUUUCUGAUGGUAAGAGAGAGAGAGAGAGAGAGAGAGAGAGAGAGAGAGAGAGAGAGAGAGAGAGAGAGAGAGGAGGAUUGCACGCACAUAACGAGAGGGGGAGGGGGAGAGAGAGAGGAGAUGCACGUAUACACACGGAGAGAGAGAAAGAGAGAGAGAGAGAGAGAGAGAGAGAGAGAGANGAGAGAGAGAGAGAGAGAGAGAGAGAGAGAGAGAGAGAGAGAGAGAGAGAGAGAGAGAGAGAGAGAGAGAGAGAGAGAGAGAGAGCACUGAUGUGCGCCGAGGAGUUGUUAAGCUUGCCUGAAUGGCAUGAUGUUGCAGAUUCCUUUAUUCUUGCGCUUUGUUUUUCUUCUAUUUUCUCCAAUUGUAAGAUUCGGUCCUUCCUAUUGUGAAGGACUGCUCGCUUAAUACAACCAAAUUUGUUUGAAAUUUGUCCUUGCGUUCUCCUUCUUCCGGUCCAUUCUGCAGUUUGUUUUGUCCUCCCCUUCCAGUAAAUAGACCCCUGAGAG